AUGGAGUUUGCCCGGACCAUUUUGAACAUACCCGUCCCAAAAGUGCUUAGUUGGAGUGUUACCGAUCAGAACCUUGUACAAGCAGAAUACAUCAUUAUGGAAGAAGCGAGAGGCUCCCCACCCCAAGAAGUCUGGCAGGAUCUCUCACUGCGGAAGAAGUCUGCCAUCAGCCGCGAGCUCGAUAAAAGUCUCUUUUCCUUUGAAGAAUGCUUGAUCCGCGUUGAGAGUGAAUGGGGUCACUUCGGAACCAACGAACCAUGUACGUAUUACUUCUCAGCAGAGAAGAUACAGCAACAUUCCGAAGAGAUCGAGUCUUUCAACAAGAGCCAGGAGUUCUGCAAAAAGCUGCAAGGUAUCUUGAAUGAUGAGGGCUAUGCUUCCAAUGAGAGUUUCACUAAGGCCGUCGAGAUACUUGCCGAUUUACGACAAGUCGGGCUGAACCGUCUCAAGGGUGAGGAACGAUGCAGAUUUGAAGACGAGACGUGGUGGGUUGUAGAUCUCGAGGGACAUGGCGUCUAG